UUUUUCUGUAACAAAAUUCCCUCCAGAUAUUUCACCUGGAUAUCAGUGAAAAAUUCCUUACAGCAAGCCAGACAACAGAGGCCAGACAAGGGAGAAAUGCCGGACACAACAGCGCACAAUUACAGCCUAGUCCCAGGCCUUGUAAAUGCGCGCUGCAGAAUUUGAGCGCAUCAUGAAGUCUGGGGCGACCGGACAAACGGACGUACGUUACACGGCUGCCAGCCCGUCCGUUUUAGCCUUUAAACACGGCUAUCAGCCGUAUGACUUAGAUGAACCGGGUGGGUUUUUCUGUACUCUCGGGCGGUUUUUAGGACCAAAUUCGACAGUGGAUUUGAAUUCGAUAUGGAAGGUUCACGGAUCAGUAAGUUUUGUCAUAGUUGCGGCUCAACUAUUGAACCGAAUUUCAAGUUUUGUUCUCAAUGUGGGCAACCGGUGGUAAUUAGCACUGACAACCAAGGACGAGGGGUUUCGGCAGAUGCUUCAAGACCGACUGGCAGCGAGACUACAUCUACUAAUGCGUCUAGAACAUCGAAGAACCAAACGACUCGUGUAGCGAAGUCGAAAUUGUCCCUUAGCAGUUUUAGUGCUUUCAAAACUGCCAAGGAAAAGGAAAGGAGUUCUUUCUUUGUGCGGAAGAAGGGCUCAAAACGAGCGAAGCCAAACGACAACGACGUGAAAAUAACAAUCGCAGUGAUGGAGGAUUCCACGAAGAUCAAACGAGGCGACGCGCUUCCACUUAAAGUACCUACCUUAUCCUCUGCAAAAGAUAUCCUUGAUGCAUCAGUUAAGAAACAUGCUACAUUCAACAAACGUUUUAAUUCUAAACUGAAAUACGCACUUGUUUUUAAAGAUGGGACAGAAGUCACUACUGUUCCUGGAACUAGUCCUCCUGAACCAUUUACGCUUCGGAGGUACAAAGAAGUCUCUGGCUUUGGUUACUCCCAGAUCCGGCUAUACCUUGUUCCUCUUAUGAACAAGAAAAUAAGCGAUUUGAAGGCUGUCUUGGAAGAUUCAGACUCAGAAAGCCUAUCUGUAUCGGAUGAUGACAACUCUGAGCCACCAGAUGUACUUGGCUGGGAUGAUAAAUCUGUUUCAGUGUUGAACUUACCUGUUACCGCACCUGGUCCAUUUUCUUCUUUUCCAUCCUCAAGUUCAGAUGCAAAUCCAUCAACUGCUUCAACCUCAUCGAGAAGUUUUGACAUGCUACCAUCUACUUCCACUUCUACCAUUAUGAAAGUGGACUGCCCAUUGUGUUUUAAGAGCUUCCCAAUUGAUGAGGUGGAACAGCAUGCAGAUGGAUGUUCUGCUUCAUUUGCUCUUGUUACAGAAAGUGACAGAGAAGUGAGAGUCAUUUCUGGCAAGGAAAAUUCUGCUGUUGAAUUAGUGAAUAUAGAGGAGACCAGCAAUGGAUGUACAUUGGUAGAAUGCAUUACCAAUCUGCAGAAUACUGGCCUAAAACCUGAGAUGGAAUCGGUUCGUAUAACAGUACGACGGAAGAUGGUUUGGGAAGAUUUCAAGAGGUCACGAUAUCGCUAUUAUGAACCAGACAGAAAUGAAAGACAUUUGCUGUGAACCAGCGGUCGACGAUGGCGGCCCGAAACGAGAAUUUUUUGCAGAAAUGCUUGAUUAUGCAGAGAGACGCCUUUUUCCAGAUGGAAAACCAAUCCAAUCAACAAUGUCGUUAACCAGAAAAGAUUACAAACUGGCUGGGGAAAUAAUGGUAAUGUCCAUUAUGCAGGGCGGACAGGCACCUAACAUUUUCUCACCACAAAUAUUUAAUUACUUGUGUGGGAAUCUAUCUGUUUGUCAGGUGAAUUCAGUUCCUCAUAGAGAACUUUGU